GAAUUCUUCUAUAAUAAUAAUAAUUAUUAUUAUUGCGGCCGUUUGUCCGUCAGCAGCCGUGUUUUGUGUAAGCUCACAACAAGGUUCGACUUCACUUUCUCUCUCUCUACAUAUAUAUUUCACAGCAUACGUGGAGAAAAGCGAGUUCAAGUCUUUUUUCCCCCUUUUGCCUCUCUUUUGCGAUUUCGCCUGAGGCGACUGCGCAGAUGGACGCACCCGGCACGGCGUUGGAGCAGUACUUCAAUCAGCUCAUUCACAUGCGUCUCCUCGCACAGGUCGUUGUUUCGGAUAAGCAGGGCAACACAAUUCUCGCCUGCUUCGGGUCGCCCGACUCCACGAUGAACGACGGCGCCGGCGCCGGGGACGGCAACAACCACAACGGCGGCGGCGAGGGACAGGACGAGGAGGAGUGGCAAACGGAGAGCAACGUGACGGUGAGCGGCGCGCGUUAUUUUCAGAACUUAGAACAGCUGCAACUCGGGACGCCAACAUACAUCACGGCGCAGUACCACGACGCGGUGGUGGUGCAGCUGAUGGAGCCUGGAGGCUGCAUUCUGACCUUGAUCGGCAGCCGUGCGAAGGGACAGUUCACAGGAGGACUCUUGUCACUGGUUCCGCAGAUUCGUCGCACGACGGUGUAUACGGAGCUGCUCCGGAAGGUGGAGGACUGUAUGCAGUAA